AUGUUGAAAUCGUCCGCGGCCUUUCGUCCGUUGGUCCAGCAUGAGAAAGACUCCACCACCACAUCCUCAUCUUUCCAGGAUUGGGAAAUUUCGGCGAAGAGGCGUUUGGAGUUCGAUUUCGGAACGACCCUAUUCGGUGAUAAAGGCAUGACCUUACUUUCCGAUGCACUCGAGUCCCUUUCGCCAUUGCUGGCUUUGAACUUGAAUGUCUACGAAACUGGGCUUGGCGACUCUGGCUUGCAUCAAAUGGCAAAAGCACUUCAAAGCCAACAGCACCUUCAAUACCUGAACUUGGUCAUGGCCAACACUCGUGUGAGCGACGAGGGCAUCAUUCACUUCAUGACUGCGGUCUCGUCUUGGCUAACGAGCCUUGAGAACUUUAUGCUAAACCUCCGAGGCUGUGCCAACAUCCUUGGUCCCGGCAUCGCGAGCUAUGCAGAUGCCCUCCGGUCCUUGAGAAGUCUGCGCAGCCUGAAGCUGAACCUUCGAAAUUGCUCGCAGCUGCAGAU